CGUUAGGUGCGCCAGUAAAGCUGGAGUAGGUGCAUUGUCUUUCUUUGUGGUUGUUUCUUUUUUAGCUGUGACUUGGGAAUACAUGAUAAGGAGUGUAGAUGCGCACUUGAGCUGAUUUAUGUGUUUACCUGAGCUUGAGCUUCCCCUACACCGAAUAAGCCUCGUCUUGUUUACAGUCCGUGUUCCUGGCAACAACGUCAGCAAGUGUAUCUUGACAACCCGGAGGCGGGACCGCAGUGGAAACGACCAAUCAGCGGCUCGGUUGGAGCGCUUCUUGAAUCGGAUCAUAUAAGAGAGAGGAGCGCAUCGCACGCAUGUCAUUAAUGAGGAAAUAGGAGUGGAGCGAGCACUCAGAAGAAAAGACUCUCCUACUCACGAGUGGAAUGAAAACAUCUGAAUUAGUCACUGGACUCCGCUUUGAAUCCAACUAAAGGUACAAAACGACGACUUGGUACAGUACAGUUCCACUAUUUUGGAAGUUUUGCUCUGUUUUUGAUAGCUUUGGUCAUCAGUAUAAUAAUACAGCGGGACUUUGUGCUGGAGAUUGACUCAUUUGGGACACUGAAGCCUCGGUGUCUGAGCAGCAUCUUUUCCAGCGCUCUCUUGUAUUUGACUGUCUGAUUUGAAAUGUCCACAAUAAUGGAACAGCCUUUUUAUGACGACUCGUUUCUCUCUGCUUAUGGCCAUCCAGGCGCAGCGCUGCCAGACUACAAGCUGCUAAAGCAGAAUAUGAACUUGAACUUCUCCGAUUCAUAUCGGAACUCAAACUUCAAGUCACAGCACCUGCGCGCCGACAGUGAUUUCUAUUCGGCGGGGACGGCGGACGUGGGCUCCCUUAAACUCGCUUCUCCUGAACUGGAGCGGCUGAUCAUCCAGAACAGCAACGGGGUCAUCACUACAACACCGACACCUGCACAAUACCUGUACAACCGCGGGAUCACAGAGGAGCAGGAGGGCUUUGCUGAAGGUUUUGUCAAAGCGCUGGACGAUCUGCACAAGAUGAACCAGAUGGCUCCUCCAAACGUGUCCAUCGGCACCGGUGGGGUCGCCUGCUCGGCUCCAGCUUCGGUGUUCGGCUCCUCCAUACAGCCGGAGCCGCUCGAGUACACAACCCUGAGCAGCUGCACCACGAACCCCGGCCUGAGCUCCGGACCCAGCUACCCAUCCACCACCAUCAGCUACCUGCCACACCACCAGUACCAUCAGCAUCCUCAGACCGUUGCGCACGGAUCCCACCACUUCCAGCACUCCCUGGCAGGCGCCGGGAUCCACUCGCAGCGCUUCGGGGGCUUGAAAGAGGAGCCUCAGACAGUUCCUGACAUGCAGAGCAGCGACAACGGAUCUCCACCGAUGUCCCCCAUCGACCUAGAGAACCAGGAGCGGAUCAAAGCGGAGCGCAAGCGGCUGAGGAACCGACUCGCAGCCUCCAAGUGUCGGAGGCGCAAGCUGGAGCGCAUCGCCCGUCUGGAGGACAAAGUGAAAGUGUUAAAAACAGACAACGCCGGACUGUCAAACACGGCGUCUCUGCUCCGGGAACAGGUGGCCCAACUCAAACAGAAAGUCAUGACGCAUGUGAGCAGUGGCUGCCAGCUCAUGUUAGCGCCCAAAGUCAAGUCUUACUGAAGAAAUGAUGCACUUUUACUAACUAAAAAAAAACACUGGACAUGAACUGCACUGACAAAACAUUUAACAGUCUUUAUACGUUGUCUGUACGAGAACUGGACCGUUGUGGUUUUCUUUGGCUGAAAGAAAAAGUAGCGCAAAGCUACACACACAAACCACAAGACUACAACACUUCGGGCAUUUUUGAAUAAGUUUUUAAAAGUGUCGUCUUGGCUUUGCCUGUUUACAUUUUAUUUCUUUAACUGCUAUUUGUGAUGCUUCUGAUGUAAGUUAUUUGUGUCCGUCAGGCUGAGCCUGAUGAGCCUGUCUUUUUUUUUUUUUUUUUUACUUGUACAGUAUAUAUUUAAGUAAAUGAAAUCAUGAACCUAAGAAAUGUGUUGUUGUUUUUUGAGGUAUUCCGUCACUUCUUAGGAAUUAUUGUUUUGUCAAGUUAAUGUAAUAUUACCGCAAGUUAACAGCAUCAGAAGUUGCUUGACGUUGGAGACGUCCCAGCGUAGGAUUUUUCCUUCCUGACGUACAUGUGUCAGUCCAUAUAUGGUCAAUAUUGCUGGCAAACGUCACAUCACGACAAGGUUUCCGGGAACUCCGUCCUACAUUACCCGUCAGAAUAGCUGCUCUCUCCCCUUCACACCACAAUGUGUGCGUAAAUGAAGAGGUUUGUCAAUGAGUGGUUUAUUCGAGUGAAGGGAGUUUCCCCACUCUGCUUUCAAUUUCCCAAAACAAGCCCUGAGAACAGCAGCUCAGGAAAAACGGUAGAAAAAAAAAAAGUUCCAGACAAACAUGCCGAAUUUCUGUUUGGUUUGUUUGAAAUUAGCUGGCAGAAAUAAAAGACAGGGAGCAAAGUUUGCAAAUUUUGUGUAAAGUCUGAUUAACUUGAAUAAAUUUGGAUGCAAAAAUCUGAA